GCGAGAGCCAUACUUUCUGCAGUUACGGCAUCCACCCGCGACUUGUCACAUAUCACAUGGUCACAACACAACAUUUUACUCACCGGUCUCUGAUCAGUUUCAGGUGUUCUGCUCCUUCUUCAUCCCUAAAGGACAGCUGUUCUCCUCCUCCUCCUCCUCGUCCUCCUCGUCUUCCUCUCCUCCGCCAGCCAUGAGCGACAGUGACGACGACGUUCCCACACUGUCAGCUCACACUCUGGCCGCCCUGCAGGAGUUUUACAAGGAGACCAGCACCGGUCCGGCUCACAGCACGACCCCGUCAGACCAGUUUGCUGUGGGAGCAGUGGAGGAGGACUGGCGGAUGAGUCAGUUCUGGUACAGUGAUGAAACAGCAACGCAGUUAGCAGAGGAGGUCAUACGUGAAGCUGGAGAGGGAGGCAGGAUAGCGUGUGUGAGUGCGCCCAGUGUGUACCAGAAGUUGAAGCAGGGUGUGGUGGACGGUUCAGACCGGGUGUCUGCUGUCGUGUUGGAGUACGACCGCCGCUUCGCCGCUUACGGAGACGACUUCAUUUUCUACGACUACAACGAGCCGCUGUCUUUUCCCGCCAACGUGGCUCCUCAGAGCUUUGACAUCGUCCUCGCCGACCCACCCUACCUGUCCGAGGAGUGUCUGAGCAAGGUGGCCAAAACCAUCAAGCACCUGAGUAAAGGCAAAGUGCUGCUGUGCACAGGAGCCAUCAUGGAGAAGCUGGCCACAGAGCUCCUGGAUGUAAAGAAGUGCAGCUUCCUGCCGAAACACAACAGAAACUUGUCCAAUGAGUUCCGCUGUUUCGUCAACUACCCGUCUCGCCUGCUGUCCUGCUGAGGAGCUGAACCUCCGUCUGAUCAGAGCAGGAGCAGCAGCACCCUGAUGGAGCGAGGACAUCACACAUGACAUUUUACAGCUGUGGUAAACGCUCAACAGUUACAAAUGAACUUGAACUUGUGGAGGGAGAAAGUCUCUUGACUCAAAUACAGCUUGUUUACUGGCCCUUAAUUUAAUAACAUGCUGCCGUUUCAAUCCAUGGAAAAUUAAUGGACAUCAAUUUUGGUUAAUAGAGCACUAUAAGUCUGUAAUUAAGCAAAAAUGCUAAAUAUUUAGUGCUUUCAGCUUCUCUAAUGUGAGAUUUUGCUGCUUUUCUGUUUUAUUUCAUUGCAAAUUAAAUAUCUCUGUUUUGGGAGCAAUUUGAAGACGUCACCUCGGGCUCUGGGAACUUGUGAGAGGCAUGUUUCACUACUCUCAGACAUUUUGAUUAUACAGUAAAACCCCAUGAUACCUUGGGCACGACUCCUGGUUAUUCCUUUCACUGAACUGGCAGAAAUCAUGUGUGACUUGGUUCAGGUGUGAUCCGUCUCUCCUCCCACCCAGUAAAUAAAUUAGCAUCACUACCAAGUGGAACGAACGACCAACAGACAGCUCAUGAGAAUCGAAGGAGAUGUGUUGAGAGUGUGCGUCCAAAGAAAUGGAGGGAGAAGAAAAAGAAACUUUCCAGCUCCUUGCCCCUGCAGAGACUGAACCUUAUUACAUGUGUCAGUUGAUUUCUCAUCAGAGGAGAGAAGCACCAACCGUUCAGUGAUUAACAAGAAGAAAGAAGAAUACAUUUAAAAAAGUGAAAAGAUAAUCGUAGACGUUUAUUUUCUUAACCAGUGUAAUGAUGUGAUGAUGAUGACGCCGGCUGAGGGAAUCACUGCUGUUCAACAAAAAUCCUGAAAAUGCAAAAAUGAAACUGGGAAACAAACAAGUGCUAAAUUCUUUGUUGUGCAGUUGCUUUGAGAGAAACUUCCUCUCUGCAAACCGAGGAACUCAAUGUCCAGAAAUGUCACCAACAGCUGCUAAAUUAAUCCAGUGAUUCUGGAGAAAUGGGACAAAAGCGGUUUUAAUUGGAAUGAAUUGAAUAUAGACUGAGAGACAAAAUAAUAUUAAUUUAAGUAAAGGUCAAUGUUUAGAUUGAAAUAAGUGAUUAUGUUAUAAUAGAACAAAAUCUUCUUUAAGAUCAGCAGCCAACUGGCUUUUGUUUUUAAAUUAUGAAAUUAGGUUGUGGACAUGCUGGUUUUAGAUUAUUUUAGUUUCACGUCGAAAUACAACUGUUUAUGUGCACGACACGUUUAGUCCCAGUUCAUAAGAAUGACUGAAUUGACAUCUGAAUUUAAAAUGACAGAUGCAAUCAUCUUGAAUAUUUGUUGUUUUAAUGAAUGAAUGGAAGCUUUGUGAAAAGUGUGUCAGUGUUUCCGGUUUCUCCUGGUGCAGUUUUUUUUCAGUAGGUGGCAGCAUUGAUCAGAUCAUUGACGAUAAUGAGGAAUUUUAUUCCAUCUGUCAAUAUUUGUGUUUAAUUUAAUUGUUGGACCACCCAAUUUACAAAUAAAAGUAUUCUCAUUUACAUACA